GAGCCCCGAGUAUCACCUCUCUCCCUGACAGGAGCGGGAAGAGCUAAGCCAACAGCUUGGAAGCACCUGCCCCGGACCCUGACCUCGGCUACCCCGAGAAGAGCUGACCUGGAGUAAACAAGCUUUGUUGUUGUCUAGAUAAGCGUUACUUUGUAAUUCGGUCAAGCCCCCCAUCUCAACACACCUUGGAACUCUGGGUCCAGGGAACCGGCGGCUCAACUCCUCCCACUCCGUCUGUAAUUCUAGAUUCGUCCUCUCACCGAUCCCCUCCAGCACCCUAAGCUUUCGCUGAGGCCAGCUGAAGGGAGACCGGGAAGGGGAAUCUGAGCGGUGCCGCGGGAAGCUUGCAGCAGGCAGCUUCACGACCAUGGCUUCACGACCGGUUUCUGGGAAGAACUUCCAACAUUCGUGAAGAUUUAAAGACACCUAACUCCCAAGUGCGGGCGACCUAAAGAGCGCGGAGUUUUAAGCAUUAGCUUCACACUCGUUUAUCAAUCAAGCUGUCGUCCAUCCUGAGCCUCAGUUUCUCUGUGGAAGACAUGUCGGAGGCAAGACUCAUGGCCAGAGACCUCAUCAAGACUGUCUUGCAUGACCAGGUCCCCCGACCUCCAGUGGCUCCUGGGGCUCCCAGCAUGAAGGAGCCCGUGGAGGAAGAAAAUAUUAGUCCUGUGAGAGACCUGGACCUUGCGGAGUGCCUGGAGGACAGAAACCAGGUGGCCCUGAGGCUGGCCUACAUCGGUGAUGAGAUGGACCUGUGUCUGCGGAGCCCCCGUCUGGCCCAGCUGCCCGGGAUUGCCAUGCACAGACUCGCUGUCACCUACAGCCAGACGGGGGUCAGGGGCGUUUUCAGGAGCCUGAUUCGUGGCCUCACCAACCUCAGGGAAAACAUUUGGUCCUGGAGAGUCCCGACUCCUGGCACCUGGGUGUUACCUGACCAGGCCCGAGGACAGCUGUUUCCCAUGGUGCUGUUGGUUCUCUUGCUGCUGGGCGGCGAGGCCCUGCGUUUGCAGCUUCAGUGAAGCCCAGCGGGGCCAGGGCCGGUCCCUGCCCCUCAACCACCCCCUAGAGGUGCCGGCACCCUAACUGUGGUGUUUUCUGACAGUCCCCCCACCCACCCCCCUUUUUUUUAAUAUUUAACUCAGGAUAGUGCUGAGAUUUCAUACAGGUUUUCUGGGUUUUUGUAAGGCAAAUGAAUUCACUCUACCUCAGGGGCAUUACUGGCUACAUGCCCCUGAGGCCUGGCUGGCCUCUCUCUUGACCCCUGCCUGCUUCCUCUCUGCAGGCUGGUCCUGUGGCCACCAGGGCAGGGGAGUGCUGGCCACACCCCUGUUUGUGAAGCCUUGAGGCACAGAAUCUACUGGACUAGAUUCC